AUGGACACCGACGAGCGGCGGAAGCUGGUUCUCAAACGCAAGAUAGACCUGUUACAACAGGACAGUGAUCUCUUUAGCAAGGUUCUCGAGACUCUUUCGGGACGUGAUGCCUCCCUUAGCGAAAUUCGGAUCCUUGUCGCUGAAGAGCUCACCGAAAGAUCUCUAUCCGGGGAUUGCUCAGUAUUUGAAGAAUCGCACUCCCAAGCAGAAGAAAAAGAGAUGCCAACGGCCAAGACUCGCCACAAAGCAUUAGAUAUUGAAUGGCUGUCAGACAUACCGGUUCUUCAAGUACCGACACACCCAUGGACGAACAUCACCAACGACGAAGACUUCGGUCAGUUCCUUAUCGUGGCACAAGCCGCCGACGAUGAGGAAGCCGUUGGGGAAUCUUCUGCCAUGCGAAAGUAA